GGCGUCUGGCUCUGGGGCUAGCUGCCGCUGUCGGUGCUGUCCUGCGCGAUGAGCAUCGGACGCAGAGGCUGGCCUUAUUUUGUGGCAUCUCUCCUCCUCGGUGGAUCCUCCUCUGUGCCUCCUCCUCUGGCAUCUCCGUUCCCGGCGCCCACCCACCUCCAUCCUACAGAAAUCUCACUGAAAAGGUCCUGGGAUUUGCGAUUGCGCGGAGUGAAGGGAGGGGGCGACUGGGACCCGGGCAGACCGGGAAUUCACAGCGACGCCUUUGGGAGCUUCAGGUUCCGCUUCUAGGAAAUGAGUUUAAUGAUGGGACAGACCCUGCAGGUCUUCGAGAAGAUCAUAGGGGCAGGGGGGCAAGGUGGAGAGUAGGAGGAUGUCAAGCGCCCGGCUAAGGGCUCUGCACGCUCCGCAUAGUCGCUACCACCCCAGGGCCGCGUUACCCAAACGGAGGACUCUGGGACCCCUAGCCCCGCGGCUGCAGAGGGCAGAGCAGGGGAGUGGGAGGCCAAAGGUCAGACAAGACAGGAUCUGAGGCAGAGGCGCACGCACCUGCUCCGGAGUCCCAGGGCAAGUACUCUCCACCGCGCUCCCGCCGCCCCCGGGCGGGCACCCCUGGGCAUGAGCACCCCCCCGACGCUGCCCCCAGAGGGCGAGGAAGAGCUCCAGACAGCCUGGUCCCCUUCGGUCAACGCCAGCUGCGCCCCUGCUGAGGAGGAGGCAGCGGCGGGGACCGGGGACACAGGGGCACCGGGCAUGGUAGCCAUCCAGUGCAUCUACGCGCUGGUGUGCUUGGUGGGCCUGGUGGGCAACGCCCUGGUCAUCUUCGUGAUCCUCCGCUACGCCAAGAUGAAGACGGCCACCAACAUCUACCUGCUCAACCUGGCCAUCGCGGACGAGCUCUUCAUGCUGAGCGUGCCCUUCGUGGCCUCGUCGGCCGCCCUGCGCCACUGGCCCUUCGGGUCUGUGCUGUGCCGCGCGGUGCUCAGUGUGGACGGCCUCAACAUGUUCACCAGCGUCUUCUGUCUGACGGUGCUCAGCGUGGACCGCUACGUCGCCGUGGUGCACCCUCUGCGCGCUGCCACCUACCGGAGGCCCAGCGUGGCCAAGCUCAUCAACUUGGGCGUGUGGCUGGCAUCCUUGCUGGUCACCCUGCCCAUCGCCAUCUUCGCUGACACCAAGCCGGCUCGGGGCGGCCAAGCCGUGGCCUGCAACCUGCAUUGGCCGCACCCGGCCUGGUCGGCGGUCUUUGUGAUCUAUACUUUCCUGGUGGGCUUCCUGCUGCCCGUUCUGGCCAUCGGCCUGUGCUACCUGCUCAUCGUGGGCAAGAUGCGGGCGGUGGCACUGCGGGCCGGCUGGCAGCAGCGCAGGCGCUCAGAAAAGAAGAUCACGCGGCUGGUGCUGAUGGUGGUAGCCGUCUUUGUGCUCUGCUGGAUGCCUUUCUACGUGGUGCAGCUGCUAAACCUGUUUGUGACCAGCCUUGAUGCCACAGUCAACCAUGUGUCCCUCAUCCUCAGCUAUGCCAACAGCUGUGCCAACCCUAUCCUCUAUGGCUUCCUCUCAGACAACUUCCGCCGUUCCUUCCAGCGGGUUCUCUGCCUGCGCUGCUGCCUCUUGGAUGUCGCAGGUGGUGCUGAGGAAGAGCCCCUGGACUACUAUGCCACUGCUGUCAAGAGUAGAGGUGGGGCAGGAUGGAUAUGCCCCCCACUCCCCUGUCAGCAGGAGCCCUUACGACCAGAACCCAGCCGCAAGCUGGUCCCUCUCACCAGGACCACCACCUUCUGAAGAGCCCUUUCACCUCCUCCGCAGCCUGGCCACCUGUAAGGGAGUCUGUGCUACCCUGACACCCCAGCAGACUGCCUGUCCUAGAUGCUCAUCUAAGAGCCACCACCUGUUCCCACCACAGCCACAGCCACCUUUUCCCAGCAGUCUAUGGGCCAGCCCCAAGAGCAUCAAAGCUCCUUUCCUUUGUUCUGUCCUCAGGACUCUGGUUUCUAGGGAGGCACCUCCAUGGGGGUAGGACUCCUCUGACCACCAGUCCAUGAUGUUAAUUAUUCCUGGAUCUCUGACUAGUUUCCGAGGGGUGGGAAGCAGGGGGAUGCCAGGCAGGAAUGGCCAUCUGCAUGUGACGUGUUACAGAAUCUCUGCCUUGGAGAGGGCUGUCCAGAGGGUGGAGGCAGCCUGUGCCCUUGCUCUCUGCAGACUCUGCCUGUGGUGGGGACAUAGCAUGUUCGAAAAGGGAAGGGAGGAAGGAAGAUGCCUCCAAGCACACCAGUGGCUUCCAUUCCUGGGAUCUUUUCUAACUGAAAUUGAUGCAUGACAGCCUGGGGCACCUCCAGGCCCAGUGCCUGCUUGCAGUCAGAAAUGUCACUCCAGUUUUCUGGGGCUAGCAGCAGGCUUCCUGUGAGUAGGAAAGGUUUGGAAAGUCAUGAUGUGGGAUUUGUUAUGAGGCACAAAACCAGGUCAGUAAUAAUAAUAAUAAUAAUAAUAAUAAUAAAGCAGAAAGGAUGAAUCUCA